UUUGGGAGGAGGUAGUAACUUCUAAUCGUCAUUCAAAGGGUAAUCACUCCAAGUCUCCAAGUCGAGCAUUCUUGCACAAAAUACAAAUGGACAAUGCCCCAAAUGGGAUUUGUGGAGAGUGCAUAUCGCCCGCUCCACAUCACCUGUUGGCAGUUCCAGCCUUCCAAAAGUCCACAACCAAAACCUCACUUAAACCCAUUGCUCAAUUUCUUUGUGCUGUGGGCAGAAUUCAGGAGAAACAGUAACUGUAUUCGAAAUUUGUGUAGUACUCGAGAUACAGUAAUUUUUUGGUUGUUUAUUAUGCUAGGUAGGAUACUUGGUGGAUCCAUUCAUCCCCUUAUCAGGCCGUCUGCAAAUUGCUUCAAGCAGGAAACGCAUUCCACUUGUUUGAAAUCAUUCGAGUUGGUGAAGUUGGCCCUUUUUACUAGUACGGCUAGUGCAACUUCCCAGAUUCUUGAUGUUUUCGCAGAUGAAGACUAUGAAGCUAAUAGUUUUUUAGGUCCUAUUCAUUGUGUUGAAAAAAGUACAGGCCAUGUUGACCAUAGCUCUUGUUUGAGCUCACUAGAUAGUUGUACCAGAAGUGGAUCGGUCUCAGACGCUAAAAAGCUCCAAGGAAGAUUCCUGAAAUUGGGGUUGGCCGGCGAUACGACUAUUGGAACCCGCCUUUUUUAUUUGUAUAUGUCCAGUGAUGAUUUGGCUGGCGCAUUACAAACUCUUCAUAACACUCCUUCAUGGAGUUCAAAUGUUUCUCUGUGGAAUAAGUUGAUAUCGGGGUGUAAGAAAGAUGUAAGGAUUUUUUAUAUGUUUUCGCGGAUGAUGAAUGAAAGUGCCUGUCCAGACAGGAGUACAUUCACCACUGUUCUAAGAGCUUGUGGUGCUCCUGAGAUUGCAUCUCAUGUUCAUGCCAUUAAACAGAUCCAUGCUCUGAUUGUACAAUAUGGUUUUGCUGGGAAUUGCAUUGUUUGCAAUUUCCUGAUUGAUUUGUACUCUAGGAACUGUUUGGUAGAUUCUGCAAAAAAGGUAUUUGAGGAUCUUCAUUCCCGGGACAGUGCCUCAUGGGUUGCCAUCAUGUCCGGCUUAUGUCAGAAUGGUCAUGAAAAAGACACUGUUUUUCUCUAUAAUGAUAUGCGUAGAUUGGGAGUGAUGCCUACUCCAUAUGUUUUUUCAAGUGUUCUAAGUGCCACUACGAAGUUAUCCUUUCAUGAACUUGGAGAACAGUUCCAUUCUGUAAUCUUGAAGUGGGGAUACUUAUGUGAUGUCUAUGUGGGGAAUGCUCUUUUAUCGUUAUACUCUCGUUGUGGAGACUUGAUAUCUGCAGAUUAUAUAUUUUCUGAAAUGAAUAUCAGGGAUAGAGUCUCUUAUAACACACUAAUCUCAGGCUUUUCCCUACAAGGGCUUAAUCAUAGGGCACUCAAACUGUUUGAUAAAAUGCAAAUGGAUUCCAUGAAGGCAGACUGUGUUACAAUUUCAAGCCUCUUGAGUGUGUGUUCAUCAUCUGGGGAUCUUCAAAAGGGACAACAACUACACUCAUAUGCAACAAAGGUGGGCCUAUGUUCAGAUACUGUUAUCGAAGGAUCAAUAUUGGAUCUAUAUGUGAAAUGUUCAGAUAUCGAAACUGCACAUGACUUUUUCCAAACAACCAAUAAGGAAAACAUUGUUUUGUGGAAUGUUAUGCUAGUGGCUUUCGGACAGAAGGGUGACUUGAAAGAAUCCUUUCACCUCUUUUCCCAAUUGCAGGCGCUAGGUCUGCAACCUAAUCAGUACACUUAUCCUAGCAUAUUGAGAACUUGUACAUCUGUGGGUGAUAUAGACCUAGGUGAGCAAAUACAUAGUCAAGUCAUCAAAACUGGGUUUCAACCAAAUGUUUAUGUUUGUAGUGUUCUUAUUGAUAUGUAUUCCAAGCAUGGAAGAUUGGAUGCCGCAAGCGAAAUCUUUAAGAAUCUUGAUAAUGAGGAAGACGUUGUCUCUUGGACAUCUAUGAUUGCUGGAUAUACUCAGCACGAUCAGUUUGUUGAAGCAAUAAGGCUUUUUUACCAAAUGCAGGACCGUUGUAUUCAAUCAGACAAUAUUGGGUUUGCCAGUGCAACAACUGCAUGUGCUGGAAUUCAAGCACUCAAUCCAGGAAGACAAAUCCAUGCUCAAUCGGUCAUCUCUGGAUACACAUAUGAUCUAUCAAUCGGAAAUGCACUUGUUUGUCUAUAUGCUAGAUGUGGUAAGGUGCAAGAUGCCUACAUGGUGUUUAACAAGAUUGGUUCUAAAGACAAUAUUUCAUGGAAUGGGCUGGUAUCUGGAUUUGCCCAGAGUGGGUACUAUGAGGAAGCAUUAAAAGUUUUCUCAAGAAUGAAUCACUAUGGAGUUGAAGCUAAUAUGUAUACAUAUGGGCCCGCUGUUAGUGCAGCUGCUAAUAUGACAAAUAUCAAACAAGGAAAGCAGAUUCAUGCUAGGAUGGUAAAAACUGGUUAUUAUGACUCCGAAAUAGAAUCUUCCAAUGUGUUAAUCACAAUGUAUUCAAAAUGUGGGAAUCUCGGUGAUGCUAAGAGAGAGUUUCUAGAAAUGCAUUGCAGAAAUCAAGUGUCAUGGAAUGCCAUGAUCACUGGCUACUCCCAACAUGGUCUUGGCAAUGAAGCAAUUCAACUCUUUGAGGAAAUGAAAAUGGCGGGGGUGGAAUCCAACCAUGUUACCUUUGUGGGAGUUUUGUCAGCCUGCAGUCACAUAAGGCUGGUGGAGAAGGGGCUGAGUUACUUCAAAUCCAUGAAUGAAGAUCAUGGUUUAGAACCAAAACCGGAGCAUUAUGCAUGUGUUGUUGAUAUUAUGGGCCGGGCCGGUCAACUUCAGCGUGCAAGAGAGUUUGUGGAGACCAUGCCUGUCCCACCUGAUGCAAUGGUUUGGAGGACCUUGCUGAGCGCUUGCACUGUUCACAAGAACAUCGAGAUUGGCGAACUCGCUGGAGACCACCUCUUGGAAUUGGAGCCCAAAGCUUCUGCAACUUACGUCCUUCUAUCAAACUUAUAUGCAGUUGUCGGGAGAUGGGAUUACAGAAAUUCCAUAAGGGAGCUAAUGAAAGACAUGGGAGUUAAGAAAGAGCCAGGCCAAAGUUGGGUCGAAGUGAAAAACACAAUUCAUGCAUUCUUCGUUGGUGAUAGGCUUCAUCCAAUGGCAGAUGAGAUACAUAGAUAUGUGGUGGAACUGAAUGAACAUGUGGCCGGAGUGGGUUAUGUACAAGACAGUAACAGUCUUUGGAAUGGUUUGGAGGUGGAGCAGAAGGACCCCACUGCAUUUGUACACAGUGAGAAAUUAGCUAUUGCAUUUGGGCUUCUAAACUUGUCAGCCAACAUUCCCUUAUGUGUCAUGAAGAACCUUCGUGUCUGUAAUGACUGCCACAGCUGGAUUAAGUGUGUGUCUAAGGUUGAAAAUCGGGCCAUUGUUGUCAGGGAUGCCUACCGUUUCCAUCACUUUGAGGAUGGUGAUUGUUCGUGCCACAAUUUUUGGUAACAAGAACCGCGGUAUAGAGGAACAGUAGUACAGUACACUAUGAUAUGGAAAGAGGGCAUGUCAUUCUAUUAACUCAGAAGACUUUUCUUGGCUAUGGAUGGCGUGGAAGAGGAUACACAGGAUAGCACAGUUGGUGUUUGAUAUAUACUCUUUUCACGCUAAUUCUCAGGUCAAUGCAGCAAAGCCACCCCCUCUCAUCAUCUGCUUAAACUCAGUGAAGUCCACCAUUCCGUCACCGUCCACAUCCACCUUCAUGAUCAUCUUCUUGCAAUCAUCGAUCGUGCGGCCCUGCUCGAGCCCAAGUGAUGCCAACACAGACUUCAGCUCGUCAACUGUGAUGAACCCAUCACCGUUCUGAUCAAAAACCUCGAACGCCUUCCUCAUGUCCACAUCAUCAUCCUGUUCGUCCAUGAUCGACUGGUACAUUGACCCAAACUCAUCUAUGUCCACACACCCAUCCCUGUUCACGUCAAUUUUCUCGACCAUCUGGGUUAGUUCUUCAUUUGUAAUGAAGAUUCCCAUCUUCAGCAAUGAAUCACUCAACUCCUUUUUGGUGAUCCGUCCAUCGCUGUUCUGAUCGAACAUUUGGAAAACUCUUCUGAGCUUGUCAAUGUCCAUUGGUCUUUGUCGGGGAUGGUGAGGAUUUUGAUGGAUGUUUGGAGGAGGCUCGAACGGUAAAUUGGUGGGGUUUUGAUGAAACCAGGAGAAGAGGAGGGAAUUGAAAGGCCUAAGCUAUUAUGGAAGCAGAUUGAAAAUAAAUUUGUCGAGGGAAAUGUGUCUAGUAUUUGGAGAUGAAAGUUCCUCAACAAAAUGGUUGGUCAUUGCAAAAUGUUUUUUUUGUGGUUGUUAGAUAUUCAUGGAGAAAACAUGGGGUGAUAAAGGGUCUAUACAAGAGAAGGGAAUUUCAUCGUGAAAUUGGUGGGGGUAAAUUUGUCAUGAAACAAUUAGACAUGUCAGAUUGUCACGUAAUUCAGUUUGCAUAAAAUAUAAAAUAAUAUCUUCACACAGUGUUUGUAUGGUUGUGGUAUCCACUUUGACCGCAUAUGGUCGGCGUAUUUACUUGGACCGUAAUUUGCUGGCCUGGUCUGAUUUCUUUGUAUUUUUACAACACUAUCCAAGUCUGGUCUGAACUGGUCUGGAAUGAAUUACGGUCCAAGUAAAAACAUCCUUAUACUAACGUAUAUGAAAUUUGUGCUGGGUCUUGCAAAUAAUGAGCAAAUUAUUGUUUUUGUAUUUAUUACUUAGGUAACAAUUAUGAUAUUUUUAACUGCUUUAUAAUUUUAUGGUAUGGUCUGAUCAAUUUAAGUUUGAUUUGCUCUGAACCAGUUUGU